CUUUUGUGAGCCUUCAAUGGGCCUUGGCCUCGCCAUGCGAGGUUCCUGCCUAAUCAGAGGACCGACCGAUCCUUCAAGAUACCCUUCGGACGAUGGGAGCAUACAUACUACUCUGUACUCUAGGCUAGCUUGGUGAGGCAGUCAAGUGAUCCCGCCAUUCAUCUUCGACGCUCCUGGGUCCGUAUCAAUUGGACAUGGACAUAUAAAAGGCUCUAUAGAAUGCGAGGAGACCACAAUCUUAAUUACCCAGGACACGGACCCUGUCAAGCUCUAGUUGAAAUUCGUCUUUGAAACAGAAUUCGAGCCCAACAAGUGUCCAAAGAAGCCUACCAACAGUCUACGAAUUCCUAAUCAAUUCAAGAACCAAGGUUUCAGUACACCAUUUGGAACUCUUGGUUGAGGGAUGUCCAUGAGAGGUCGUGGUCAAUUAAGCCAAUUUGAGGUCCUCUUCUCAUUGUUUUUCAUUGUCAUCGCCAUCAUAGCAUUGGAAUGUAAUGCAUCAACGGUUUAUUUCCCUGAAAAACGAGUCCCAGGGGGGAACUACAACGACUGCCUGGACUCGAACGGAAUGGAACGCCAACUUCGAAGCGAUGGGCUCAACUCAUACCUCUUUGGUCUGGCCAGGUGUAUCACAUCAGUGGGGAGACCCAGGUUUGGGAAGCGCUCAGGAAGCCCUUCCAGAAAGGGUCUCCUCCCGUCUAAAAGUGCGAUGAUGAAAAGCUUGUACCAACUGGAACCGUCCCAAGAGACCAACCCGAACAAUCUGCAUCCCUUGGAGAGACAGAUUUCGACGUGGUCCAAUGAUUGGCUCCCAUUAGACGAAGAACUUGCUCGGCUCAUUUGGAACACUCAAGACUACUCAGAGCGAUCCAAACGACAAGAUGAGAUCACGUUUGAAGAAGCCCAGUAAUAUCCCCUCUUGUUGUGGCUUUAUUAACGGUCUGUGUGCUUAGUAAAGAAGUCCACCCCCAACCCACUCCCCGCCUCACCACGCCCACUAGGACGGAAUGACGCCCUUCGAGUCAAUAUAUUGUUGUGGUUGUUCUCAGCUCAAGAUUUCCUUUGUAUCAUCUUUUUCCUCACUUUUCUAUGUCUUUCAAUCAAGCUUUGGUUGUUCAAAGAUCUCUUCAGAUUUUUUCUAUGAGCCACGAUGAAGCACUUUUUAGUGAUGGCUUCUGUUGAUCUAGGUUUGGCUGGACUUACAUCAACCCAAGUCAAGAGAAGAAACGUCCCUUGGCUUAAUUGUAUACUUUCAUGCGCAUUCACUCAUACAUCAACCACAAUCCCUUUUCCCAAUCCAAUGAAUGAACUUGACCUGUUCUUGAGGCUCAUACUCUAAUUGAUACUUCGACAUAAUUCCACCAAUUCCUGUUUGAUUGUCACGUUGAAACCAUGGAAGUACUCAGAAGCAACUCUGCUUGUUAUUUAAUAAAGCUCAUAGAUAUACAUCCA